UUAGCCUCUAUGACCUAUAGUUGCUAUGCUGAAGACUUUGAUUUUAAGCUACAGAAGGACAGGAGAUAAGCAGCAAUGUGAGAGUAGAAAACUACUCAGAAAGAAGAAACAUCUUCAUGGCUCAUUUUCUUAGGUCAUUCAAAAAGACCUUGUUGUAGUGUCCUGAGAAUUGAUAGACAUGCAAAGAAGUCAAGAGGCUCCAGGGCAGUCAGGAUCCAAACAAGAGACCAGAGGAAUUACUGAGAUCAAGCUGGUGGUAAUAGGAGAUGGAGGUUGUGGGAAAACGUCCAUGCUCAUGGUCUUUGUCAAAAGAGAAUUCCCUAAGGUUUGUGUCCCAACAGUUUUUGAGAAAUAUUCUGCUGCCUUUCACAUUAAUGACAAGCAAGUCCACAUCAGCCUUUGGGACACAGCAGGACAGGAAGAUUAUGACAGACUCCGUCCUCUGUCCUAUAACGGGGCCCAUGCAGUGAUCAUAUGUUAUGAUGUCACCAAUCCCAUCAGCUUCAACAACAUCCUCACAAAGUGGUAUCCUGAAGCAAACCAUUUCUGCAAAGGGAUUCCAAUUUUGCUUGUUGGUUGCAAAACUGACCUAAGGAACGACAAAGUUCUACUAAGGAAGUUACAUCAAAACCAACUAGAACCCAUCACAUACCAGAAGGGAGAGGCCUUGGCUCGGAAUCUCCACGCAGUUGCAUAUUUUGAGUGUUCAGCCCUCUACCAUGAAAAUAUUACUGACAUAUUCACAGAGGCUUCAAGAGCAGCUUUGAGUAGGAUGAAGAAAGAACAGCAGAGGCAAAGACUCAAAAAGACCUGUCUCCUUACCUGACCAUCCUUUGAGCGACUCCAGAAAAAUUGCAAAUGUUCAUAUCCACCCAGUGAGAUGAAAUCUCUUAGAAUAACAUCUCCCCAUAAAGAUGUUGGGAGACUUUCCAGAGAUGGACCAAUAUGCAAAUAGAUAGUAUAAGAUUACAUAGAAUAUCAAGCUUCCUGAAUCUAAUGGUUCAAUAUUCCACUUACUGCACAGCAGUUCACCUUCAAUAGUAAAGAAGAUCAGAAGAUCAUUCCAAUAUUUAAAUCAAAAUGGAAUACUGUCAAUGAUCAUGUGAAAAACUCAUCAGAUAUUCAAACACUGAUUACACUACAUCAUGUAAAAUUCACAAUGCUUAAUGCUACAUACCAGAGCUCAAUAGCACUCUAUUAUUUUGCUGACUAAGACUGGAAAAAUAAUAUUUAUUAAGUAUCUGGCAAUUCACUAUAGUAAUUGGUUUCAGAAAAUAAACAUUUUUUUUAGUGUUAGUCAUGUUCAAGUUGCGCACAAUGUCUUACUCGCCCUUAUUACUGGUCAUCUACACUAUGUAUACUCAAAAACUGUUUCUUAAGAAGCUGCAAUAAUAGAUAUGAAUUGCUCAAAGUA